AUGGAGAAGAGGUGGUUAUCGUUGGUCGUGUUCCUUUGCGUCGCGAUGUCACUGGCCUGCUGCCAGACCAGUGGAAUUUGGUCCAGGACGAGCUUCGGCGAUGAUAACGACGAGAUCGAUAGGAGAUACGGGACCGAUUACACGGACAGAAGCAUAGAGGAGACCAUCCUCGGGAAUGCUCGUCGUGAAAGGGAUUUGGAUGACUCGGAAGAUCCGUUCCACGAGCGAAUUGUUUCCUACAGGAGCAACAGGGCGAUCGAUGCUUCCAGGUCGACGGAAGCGAACACGAAAUUGACCCAGCAACCGGGUCAGCUAUCGAACCUCCCCAAAUCGAACCUAAAACCACAUGACGGGGGCCGUGAAAAAGGACGUCGCUACAAAAACAUGACGAUCGGCGACGGGAUUUGUCAGAGCAUCGACAUCCGCAACAGCGCGUCCGCUUUCGGGAUCCUGAAGGAUUGCCGCGUGAUCGAGGGCUUCCUGCAGAUCGUGCUGAUCGAGAACAACUCGGAGAGGGAUUUUCAACCGUUCUCGUUCCCGAAACUCCGCGAAAUCACCGGUUACCUGCUCCUCUAUCGCGUGAACGGGCUGAAAAGUCUCAGCAACCUGUUCCCGAACCUGGAAGUGAUCAGAGGGAACAUCCUGCUGACCGAUUAUUCCUUUAUGGUGUACGAGAUGCAGAAUCUACAGGAGAUAGGCCUGAAGAAGCUCAUGGAGAUCUCGAGGGGCAGCGUUCGGAUCGAGAAGAAUCCAGCGUUGUGCUACACCACCACCCUCAACUGGGACAUCAUCGUCUCUGCUGGAGAGAACGUCAUCAAGGACAAUGGGGAGGAGACUUCUUGUCCUGGAUGCUCGUACUGUCCCAAGGGUUACUGCUGGACUUCGCAGUAUUGUCAGAGAACAGAGAAGCCAAAGUGUCACCAUCAAUGCCUGGGCGAAUGUUACGGGCCCACGGAAAGCGAAUGUUAUGUCUGCAAGCAUUAUCGACACGAGGGGAAAUGCGUGGAAAGCUGUCCUAGUCAUUUAUACUCCUAUCUCUCGAGACGCUGCGUCACGAAGGAUGAGUGUGUGCGAAUGAAUCGUCCGAGGAGAGUUCUGGAAGAUGGUCAGGUCUGGAGAUCGUUCAAUGGAUCCUGUGUGCUGCAUUGUCCCGACGGGUACGAGGAUGCAGUCGACGAGAACAAUAUGACCACGUGCCGCGCUUGCUUAAACAGCUGCCGGAAGGUCCGCCACGGCGCCCUGAUCCGCCAUAUCUCGGACGCCCAGAGUUUCCGUGGCAUAACCGUGGUGAAAGGCGCGUUGGAAUUUCAGAUUUGGAACGGAAAUCCGAACAUAAUGAACGAACUGAGCGACGCGUUUGGCCGGAUCGAGGAAAUCACCGAGUACAUCAAGAUCACCCACUCCUUUCCCAUCACCUCGUUAGGCUUCUUCAAGAAGCUCAAGGUCAUCAAGGGAGAGAAACUGGACAUCAACAACGCUAGCCUGUCCGUCCUCGACAAUCCUAAUCUCUCCAGUCUAUUUCCACCCGGGCACGACGUCAAGAUCGAGAAUGGUCGACUGUUCUUCCAUUACAACCCGAAGUUAUGUCUGUCGAAGAUCGUGCAGUUCAGCAAAAUGGUGAACAUCUCCAACUUCACCGACCUGGAGAUACAGCCCGAGUCGAACGGCGAGAAAGUGGCCUGUGACAUAGUGAACAUAAACAUCACGGUUCAGAAUCUGGGGCCUGAUUACGCGGACUUGGUGUGGGAUAGUUACAAGCCUCCAGAGGGUCAGCAGUUGCUCAGCUACCUGCUCAACUAUAUCGAGACGGAGAACCAGAACAUCACGUACGAGAUGAACGCCUGCGGAGGUAACUAUACCUGGCAAAUCGUCGACGUGGACAUCCCUAAAUGGAACACCACGGUGUCGAAGCACCUCAGCAGUCUGAAACCCUACACCAUGUACGCGGUAUACGUGAAGACGUUCAACGCCAGAACCACCAACUUCUUCGUGAACCCGGUAGGUCAGUCGAGGAUCAUCUUCUUCAGGACAAGGAGCACCAUCCCGUCUCCUCCAAUGAACGUAGCGUCCACUGGCCUGAGCGACACCGAGAUCCAGGUGAAAUGGGGACCACCCAUGUUCCCUAACGGACCCAUAGGGUACUACAUGCUCACCAGCACUAUUAUCUACGAGGACGACGAUCUAAUCUCUUUCAGGGAUUACUGCAACGACACGCUGGACAACGAACUCGAGACCGAGGAAGUGUCACCGCCGGUGAAGACGACGAUGAUAAGCCGGGGGUCGUGUUGCUCGAAGAACACGAACAGGAAUAUCUUCUCGUCGAAGAAGUUCGAGAUCUUUUGUCACGAGAACACGACCAUCAGCUACAUAUCACCCGGCUGGAAGGAUUAUUGCGUGUACAACAGCUACAACAACGAGGACAACCAGUUCUACGAGUUGACGCACAACCUGUCCACUCUAAGGCCGGAAGAAACAACCACGAUCGACGCGACCAAGUCCCCUGGCAACGUUCUAGACGAGAACACGGUCACGUACAACAUCAGCGGUCAGAGCAAUUCGUUCGUGAUCAGAAACUUGCGCCAUUAUUCGCACUACGUCAUUACCAUAGCCGCGUGUGGUGUGAAGGUCGACGAAUCGAAUAUGUGCUCGUCGAUCCAGUACUCGCACACCAGGACGAAGAUGCGAAAUCAUACCGACGACGUGAGAAACGUGAAGGUCCUGGUGACUAACAAUACCGUCGAAGUGUUCUGGGACCUGGUUAAGGACCCGAAUGCCCUCACAGUGUCCUACACCAUCGAGUACACGAAUCUUGACGUGAAGAACGCGAAGAAGAGCACCGAAUGCAUCCCGCGGAGGAGUAAAAGGGAUCUAACAAACAACUACCUCAUCAAAAACCUGAGUCCCGGAAAGUAUAGCCUGCGAAUGAAGUCCACGUCGUUGGCAGGUCACGGUAACUUCUCCGACGCGGUGUACUUCUCCAUAGAUCUGAGCAACACUGCCUCUAUCGCGUUGAUCGCGUUGCCGAUACUCGGUGUUCUGUGCAUGGUACUGAUCGUGGUGUUCGUCAUUCUGAGACAUCAUCAGAAAAGAAAGAAGCAAGAGAGAUUGAUCGCCAGCGUGAACCCUGACUACAUAGAGACGAAGUACGUGAUAGACGCUUGGGAAGUGCCCAGGGAGAGCGUCGAGAUCCUGGAGGAACUUGGUUUAGGCAACUUCGGUAUGGUGUACAGAGGAGUGUACGACAAGACUACGCCAGUGGCCAUCAAGACCAUCUCGAAGAUGGCCAGUCAGAGGGAGAAGAACGAGUUCCUGAACGAGGCCUCGGUGAUGAAGAACUUCUCGACUUUUCAUAUCAUCAAGCUGAUCGGCGUGGUGUCCAUCGAGAAUCCUCCGUUCGUCAUCAUGGAGCUGAUGGAGAAUGGAGACUUGAAGACGUACCUGCGACGUAUCCGCGAUACGCAUCUCGUGCCAGAUGCCUGCAGAAUCAUGCGAAUGGCAGCCGAGAUAGCCGACGGCAUGGCCUACUUGGAAUCGAAGAAGUACGUCCACCGAGACCUGGCUGCGCGAAAUUGCAUGGUGUCGAAGGAGCUGGUGUGCAAGAUCGGUGACUUCGGAAUGGCCAGAGACGUGUACGAAACGGACUACUACAAGAUCGGCAGGAAAGGGCUUCUUCACACGUCAGACUCGGAUGUCUGGUCGUUCGGAGUGGUUCUCUACGAGAUACUGACCCUCGCCGAGAUCCCCUAUCAAGGUUUCUCCAACGAGGACGUGCUCAGUCACGUGUUGCACAAGGGGAUCCUGAAUAUCCCGCGCAACUGUCCCGAGAACAUCCAGAAGAUCAUGGAGAAGUGUUUCAAAUGGCGGCCAAGCGACCGUCCCACGUUCAUGGAGAUAGUGUCUGAGCUAGAACCGUUUCUUGGUCAAGACUUCUACGAGAAAUCGUUCUAUCACUCGAUGGAUGGCGUGGACAGCCGGAACUCGGGUCUGAAGAAGCCCUAUCACCAUGCUGCCCCUAUCAGGUUCCAUUGGGGGAACGAGACAGCCAGGUGGGUGAAGGAGUUCGAGGACAACGUAACGCUGUUGGAUCAGACGAAGGCUGGCACCAGCAGAGGGCGCAUCUUCAAGAACGGCUUCCAACACUUUGGUAACGUAGCCAACAUGGAAGACGUGCCUCUCGAUCGAUGAGGUUAUAGGCUCAGUCUAUAGCGGAUUUCGCAAUGGCGUGCGUAUGUUCCUCCGGGACAUGUCCCCGGCAAGUCACAAACUCGUUCGGAUACGAUGUACAAAGGAUACUCAGGGCAGUGAAUCGCGA